AUGAAAAUAAUUUUAUCGAAAAAGAAGAUAUUACUGCUGGUCAGUUUCUCGUCUAUAUUAUUUAAUGUUGAUCUCAUCAACGGGUGUGAAAAAACAUGUCGUGUCGGAAUCAGCACAACUUUUGCCGAAAAAUAUUCAAACGUCACAAGUCCAUUAUGGCAAGAUUUUUUCAAUGAUUUGGAGUCAACUGCACUCGAGAAUAUUAACCUCGAGAAUUACGUGCAAUCCGAUGACGCCGCACCAAUCACGAACAAACUAAUCACAACUUUGAAAAAUCAUGCGCAAGAACUCGAAACAAAUUUCGAUGCACAACUUCCAACAAUAAUUGAAGACGCUAUUUUCCGUCAACAACCACAAUUCAGAGGUGACUGUAAUCAUCCAUUUCGUGUCAAACAACCGAAACCACCGAAAAUAUGGAAAAUGAGUGAUUGUGAAAAAAUGGACUACAUUUGCGGAAAUCCGCCAUCGAUUUGUCAUUUUUUGCCUAUGAUUAAAGAGAGAAAUGUAAGGACAAUAAAAACAGCUCUUGAAGAGGCGUCGACGAAAGGUGAAUUUUUGAAUGUGCUCACGCUGGCGGUAAAUGAUACAUUGACGAGAACUGGUGCAUUUACGGAAAAAGAUUUUACGACCCUUUUGACAACGGUGAAGUCAAAUAUUGAAAGUCGUUUGGGAGAAUUCUAUCAGAAAUACAAUGAAGAAUUCUGUAAAGAAACUUCUUGUGAUCAAUUUGACUUGGAAAUCAAAACCCAAUUAUUGACUUAUCCUUAA